AUGACUUUCAGUAAAAUCCUUAUUGCUAAUCGUGGUGAAAUAGCAUGUCGAGUUAUUCGUACUGCACAACGUCUUGGUCUACAAUCAGUUGCUGUUUUUUCUGAUGCUGAUCGUGAUUCAUUACAUGUUCGAAUGGCGGAUGAAGCUAUUCAUAUAGGUCCAGCAGCAGCUCUUCAAAGUUAUUUACGUAAAGAUAGAAUAAUCGAAGCUGCUAAACAAACAAAUGCACAAGCUAUACAUCCAGGUUAUGGUUUUCUAUCAGAAAAUUAUGAAUUUUCUACGAUGUGUAAAGAAAAUAAUCUCAUAUUUAUUGGACCACCACCAAAUGCUAUUCGUGAUAUGGGUAUUAAAAAUUUAAGUAAAAUUAUAAUGCAUGAUGCUAAUGUACCAGUUAUUUUUGGUUAUCAUGGUGAUGAUCAAUCAGAUGAUACAUUAAUAAACGAAGCAAAAAAAAUUGGUUAUCCUAUUAUGAUUAAAGCUGUACGAGGUGGUGGAGGAAAAGGUAUGCGUAUUGCAUUGAAUGAAGGCGAAUUUUUGGAUAAACUCAAUGGUGCGAAAUCUGAAGCAAGAAAAUCUUUUAAUGAUGAUGCAGUUUUACUUGAAAAAUUUAUUCAACGUCCUCGUCAUGUUGAAGUACAAGUAUUUGGUGAUAUGCAUAAAAAUUAUGUUUAUUUAUUUGAACGAGAUUGUAGUGUUCAACGACGACAUCAAAAAAUAAUUGAAGAAGCACCAGCGCCUGGUCUUGAUUGGUCAAUACGUAAAAAGUUAGGUGAAGCUGCUGUUAAAGCAGCUCGAGCUGUUAAUUAUGUUGGAGCUGGAACAGUAGAAUUUAUUAUGGAUGAAAAUCAUGAUUUUUUUUUUAUGGAAAUGAAUACACGUUUACAAGUUGAACAUCCAAUAACAGAAAUGAUUACUGGUACAGAUCUUGUUGAAUGGCAAAUAAAAGUUGCACAAGGUGAAGUUUUACCACUUAAACAAGAUUCUAUUAAAUUAAAUGGACAUGCAUUUGAAGCACGUAUUUAUGCUGAAGAACCUGAAAAUGAAUUUAUGCCUGGUAGUGGUAUUUUAACUUAUUUACGAACACCACCAACAGGUGAAGAUGGUAAAAUUCGUGUUGAAACUGGUGUUGUCGAAGGUGAUGAAGUAUCUGUACAUUAUGAUCCAAUGAUUGCUAAAUUAGUUGCUUGGUCAACAAAUCGAACAAGUGCAUUACAAAAACUUCGUCAUGCUCUUCAACAAUAUUACAUUGGUGGUUUGAAAACAAAUAUUCCAUUUUUAAUGUCUCUUUGCGAUAAUAAACAAUUUCAAAUGGGAAAUGUACACACAGAUUUUAUUAAAGAAAAUAAAGAUGCUUUAUUUCAUAUACAACAAAUAACUCCAACUAUAGCCGUUGCUGCUGCUUCGGCUUUUAUUAAUGCUCAACAACAAAUAAAAUAUAAUACAGACGGUGCACAAUCAUUUUUUACAACAUCUAAUAGUUCUUUUCGUCCAAAUUUUUUACAAAAACAAUUUUUAACAUUAAUCUAUGAUAAUAAAAAUUAUCAAUUUCAAAUAGAACGUAUUAAUAGUUCGAAAUUAAAUAUUACUUAUGAAAAUAAAACAUAUCCUGUUGAAAUUCGUUCAUCAAAUGAUGAACUUAUUCUUCUUAUUGAUGGUCAUCAAUUUCGAUGUCGUAUACAUAUUGAUGGUGAUACAUGUACAUUCUAUUCGAAUGUUAGUCGUUCGUCAUUUGAUUUUAAAUUACAAUCACCAUCAUUUCUUGCUCAACUUGCUACAUCAGGUAUGGGUGGUGGUGCUAUUGGUGGAUUAGCUACAUCUGGUGAUCCAAUUGCACCAAUGCCAGGUCUUAUUGAUAAAAUACUUGUACAAGAAGGUACACAUGUUACACAAGGACAACCAUUAUUAAUAAUGACUGCAAUGAAAAUGGAACAUGUUAUUAAAGCAAGUAAAAAUGGUACUGUUGCAAAAGUCAAUGCUGCAGUGGGAAAAAUUACUUUAGUUGUUUUAAUCAUAAUGACACGUCCAAAAGGUCAAAAACGUUUUGCAGAAAUGAAACGUAUGAUUAAAUUAACUGAUGCAAGACUUAAAGCAAAAGAUCGUAUGAAACCAAAAAAUCAUGAUAAAAAACAAGAAAAGAAAAAUAUUGGUGAAAUUACUGAAAAACAAGUUGCACCUGUGACAUCAGCACUCUUCUUUAGAUAUAAUACACAACUCGGUCCUCCAUAUCAUAUAUUAGUUGAUACAAAUUUUAUUAAUUUUUCCAUCAAAGUUAAAUUAGAUAUCAUUCAAUCAAUGAUGGAUUGUCUUUAUGCAAAAUGUACACCAUAUAUAACAGAUUGUGUAAUGGGUGAAAUUGAAAAAUUAGGUACAAAAUAUCGUGUAGCAUUACGUAUUGCAAAAGAUCCACGUUUUGAACGUUUACCAUGUUCACAUCAAGGUACAUAUGCUGAUGAUUGUAUUGUACAACGUGUUACACAACAUAAAUGUUAUAUUGUUGCCACAUGUGAUCGUGAAUUAAAACGACGUAUAAGAAAAAUUCCUGGUGUACCAAUUAUGUAUUUACAUGGUCAUCGUUAUACUAUAGAACGUAUGCCAGAUGCACAUGGAGCACCGAGAAUAUAA